GUCUUCAUCAACAAACGCAUCUUCCAAACCCCCUCCCUCCGCCACACCCAAGUAACCUUCGCAGCCUUCCACUUCCUCAUCACAUUCUUACUUCUCCUCCUCCUCUCGCGCCUCGCCCUUUUCACUCCCAUCAAACUCGACUCCUACACCUUGCUCCCCCUGGCGCUCGCCAUGAUUUGCAACGUCGUCCUCCCCAAUGCUUCGCUCGCCUACUCCAGCAUUCAAUUCUACCAAGUCGCUCGCGUGCUGUUAACGCCUUGCGUUGCAAUUUUGAAUUUUGCGCUUUAUUCACGAGGAAUUCCUGCUAGGGCGGCUUGGACUUUGGCGCCGGUUUGUUUUGGCGUGGGUGUUGUUUCGUGGUUUGAUACUACUACUACUACUAGUAAUCCUACCAAGGGCGAUGACGGUGGAGGAGAACGAUUUACGACUACGACGACAACGACUACGACGCCCUUGGGAGUCGCAUUUGCGAUGAUGGGAGUUGUGGCGAGUUCAUUGUAUACGGUGUGGAUUCAAUGGUAUCAUGAAAAAUUGGAAUGCUCGAGUAUGCAAUUGUUGAUGAAUCAAGCGCCGGUUAGCGUUUUGGUGAUGUUGUAUGUGAUUCCUGUGGCGGAUGAUGUUACUGUGUGGAGGGAUGUGGGGUGGGGGGUUUAUGGGUUGAUUGGGAUUAGUGGAUUAUUGGCUUGUCUGAUCAAUCUUUCGCAAUUCGUGAUUAUUCACGAAGCUGGUCCUGUGAGUAGUACUGUCGUGGGACAUUUCAAGACGUGCUCGAUUGUGGCUAUGGGGUGGAUUGUUUCGGGGAAAUCUUUGACGGAUGGGAGUUUGGUGGGGAUUUUACUUGCGAUUGGAGGGAAAGAAAAGAAUGAGGAGGGAGGAGGAGGGGGGUGUGACACGAAGAAUUUCGACUCCCCUUGCUGUGAUGAUUUGAUCUAUAUAUCCCUUGCUUUUUCUUUGUGCACGUCAACAUUUUUUUGCAACCUAACCAACUUCUUCAUGAUUUCUGCAAUUCGAUCUACCCUUUUCACUGAACAACCCCCUUCCACAUCAACUUCCACUUCCACUUCCACCACCAUGUCCUCCUCCUCCUCCACCACCACCACCCCCAACCGUUUCCUCAUCUGGGGCGCCCACGGCUGGAUCGGCAGUCUCCUCAUCGAUCUUCUCCGGCAACAAGGCAAAGACGUCCACGGCACAACCACGCGCAUGCACGAACAAGAAGCCGUACGAAAGACGCUGGACGAAAUUCAACCUACGCAUGUUAUCAAUUGUGCGGGGAAAACUGGAAGGCCGAAUGUGGAUUGGUGUGAGAGUCAUAAGUUGGAGACGAUGGAGAGUAAUGGGUUGGGGACGUUGAUGCUUUCGUAUGAGUGUGAGAAGAGAGGGGUGCAUUGUACGGUGUUGGGCACGGGAUGCAUCUACACUUCCCAAUACACCCCCGACAACUCUACCCUCCUCUCCCCACCCUUCACCGAAUCCGACCCAGCAAAUUUCACCGGAUCCUUCUACAGCGCCACCAAAGCUCCCAUUGAAACGUUUCUCAAAAAUUACCCUUGCACCCUCGUCCUCCGCCUCCGCAUGCCCGUCUCCUCCGAUCUCCAUCCUCGAUCCUUCGUGACGAAAAUUCUCGCCUAUAAAAAAAUCGUCAACAUUCCCAACUCGCAUUCCCUUCUCCCGGAGCUCCUCCCCAUCAUCAUCGCCAUGUCCGAGCAUCGCGAGCAAGGCGUUUAUAAUUUUACUAACCCGGGUGCGAUUUCGCAUAAUGAGGUGUUGGAGCUGUAUCGGGAAUUGGUGGAGCCCGGGUUGGCGUGGGAGAAUUUUUCGCUGGAGGAGCAGGCGGAGGUGAUUGUGGCUGGGAGGAGUAAUUGUGCUCUUGAUAGUGGGAAAUUGGUGGAGAAGGUGAGGGAGUAUCAAUGUGAGGAGGGAAGGAAGGAUUUGGAGGUGUUGGAAAUUCGGGAGGCGUAUAGGAGGUGUUUUGGGAAGAUGGGGAGGGAGAAGGGGGGGUUGCAGCAGAGGGGUGGGGCGGGGGUGGUUUAG